AUGCAGGGCCACGACCACGAGGGGCUCUCGGAGCGGACCAGACACUUGCACGGCGGUACAGACGACGCUGAAGAAGCCCAGGCCAACAAGUCUAAGAAAAUGGAGAAGAUGAUCACGCCAUAUCUCGCACAACAUAUCCCUCAGCAGUACAAUCCGCUCGGGGCCAACAGCCCAGGUCAAGACGAGCGCCCGCCCACUGCCAACACCAAGUUCUGCUACCGCCAUCGUCCCGAUCUAUUGUGUCGACGACAAGCAGACGAGCCGUCCAUGGAGCAACUACAAGAGCAACUCGGCAGGGAAUCCCAGGCUGACCAGCAGAGCAUUGCCAAUGUCUGGUCGCUCUUCUCCGCUGCCCCGUCUCGCCAUCGCAACCUCAUGCUGCAAGGUAUCCUCGCUCAGUGCUGUUUCCCUCAGCUCUCCUUCAUAUCCUCGUCCGUCCGCAAUCUCAUCAAGAUCGACUUCCUCGGCGCGCUCCCCACCGAGCUGGGCUUCAAGAUCCUCUGCUACCUCGACACAACCUCGCUCUGCAAGGCCUCGCAAGUCAACCGAAGGUGGAGACAACUGGCAGAUGACGACGUCGUUUGGCACAAGAUGUGCGAGCAACACAUUGACAGGAAAUGCACAAAGUGCGGCUGGGGGCUCCCGCUGCUCGACCAACGUCGUCUGCGGCACGAGAAGAGACGGAUACAACUACGCGCAUCUGGACGGGGUCUCAACGAGUGGUCGCCCAAUAUCACCCCGCAACCAGAAACCUCCCAAUCGCAUGCCAUACUUGCUCAUCGAUUGUCACAAGACUCUGGCGCCAAUGUUGGUGCUAAGCGCUCUGUACCAGAAGACGACUCCUCACCAGAGGCGUCCAACAAGCGAGCAUGCACCAGCAACCAAGCAAACCAAGACCAAGUCACAACCUACUUUGACCAUCCCAAGAAACGACCGUGGAAAGAUGUCUACAAGGAUCGAUACAAGGUUGGUAGCAACUGGAAGUACGGACGCUAUUCAACGCGCACCUUCAGAGGCCACACCAACGGCGUCAUGUGCCUGCAGUUCGAUGACGAGGUUCUCAUCACGGGCUCUUACGAUGCCACAGUCAAAGUCUGGGAUAUCAAGACGGGCCAAGAAAUACGCACACUUACCGGCCAUACCCAAGGUAUCCGGUGCCUGCAGUUUGAAGACAGCAAACUCAUCACCGGAAGCUUGGAUAAUACAAUCAAGAUUUGGAAUUGGCGGACGGGCAAAGAAAUCAAAACCUUGACUAGCCAUACCAAUGGUGUAAUUGGCCUGCAUAUGGCGGACAAGCUCCUGGCAUCUGGAUCUUCUGAUAAUACCAUCGUGGUACACGACUUUAGCAAUAUGAAGCGCACCACACUAAUGGGACACACGGAUUGGGUCAAUGCCGUCAAAAUUGAUCUGCCUUCACGUACUCUCUUCUCUGCAUCCGACGACAUGACAGUCAAGCUCUGGGAUCUCGACACCCAUCACUGUAUCAAGACAUACGAGGGCCACGUAGGCCAAGUUCAACAAGUGCUUCCCCUUCCGCAAGCCUUUGAAAUUGACGAAGACGACUUCGUCGCAAAUGCAAACAACGACACUUCUGACACGGCCUCUCUCGCCUCCGAUACCACCCAAUCUUUCGCCCAACCCUCGUCUUCUUCUUCGCACAACUACAACCAUCCCGAAGAACCAUGUUUCUUCCCAGACGAACCCUCUCGUCCGUCACCACCCUCCUACAUGCUCACUGGCUCCCUCGAUGGCACGAUCCGUCUUUGGCACGUGCCCUCUGGCCGCUGCGUCCACCGCUUCUUCGGCCAUGUCGAGGGCAUCUGGUCGCUUGCUGCCGAUUCCCUUAGAUUGGUCAGUGGGGCCGAGGACAAGACGAUCAAGAUCUGGGAUCCCAGAACGGGCAAACAUGAGAGGACGCUGACAGGCCACACAGGCCCUAUUACUUGUGUGGGCUUGAGUGAUGAGAGGGUUGUUAGUGGUAGUGAGGAUGGUACGGUGAGGGUGCAUUGUUUCGUGGAUGAGGGACGGGAUUGUUGA